GUAGAAGAAUUACUUUUCGAUUGAAUAGCUUUGAAAAGCUCAUCUUGUGUGAAAUUUUGCACUGAUUCCAAGCAAACCACAUGCAUAUAGCAGCAGCGCAGAUCAGACAGCCGUACGACCCCGAUCGAUCGCCGCCCCAGCUCGACCGUCCAAGACCCUGGCACGCUAGCAGCAGCUUCGCACACUCGCACUCGGUUCAACGAUUCAGACUCAGAGUCAGCACCCAUAAAUACAUCUCGUAUCCCGUCUUUUCUAGAUCUUGGGUCUCUUCGUUAUUACUUUUGGUUCCAUCAUGUCUCCAUCUUUUAUUGAAUACGGCUCGGAAUGCAACUUUCCAAUUCAGAAUUUACCGUAUGGAGUGUUUUCAACAGCAUCUAAUGUCAAACAAAGGAUUGGUGUUGCAAUUGGAGACAUGAUACUGGACCUGUCUCAGAUCAAGGAUCUGUUCAAUGGACCUAUCCUCUCAGAGUGCAACGAUGUCUUUACAGAGGAAACCCUGAAUAGCUUUAUGGCUCUUGGAAGACCAGCAUGGAAGGAGGCUAGAGCUACCAUUCAGCGUCUUCUGUCUGCCGAUGAGCCUACUCUCAGAGAUAAUGCUGAUCUCAGGGAAAGGGCACUCGUUCGCCAGAGUGAUGCAACAAUGCACCUUCCUGCAUCUAUUGGAGACUACACAGAUUUUUUCUCUUCUAAAUACCAUGCCACCAACACUGGCACUAUGUUCAGGGGACCAGAGAAUGCCCUCCAACCUAACUGGAAGCAUCUCCCUGUCGCCUACCACGGCCGUGCUUCAUCAGUCGUCAUUUCUGGUACUCCAGUACGUAGGCCUUGCGGACAGACUAAGCCAGAUGACAAACCUCCUGCAUUUACUUCUUGCAAGCUCAUGGAUUUUGAACUUGAAAUGGCAUUCUUUGUUGGAUCAGGUAACAAGCUUGGUGAACCGAUUCCUGUUGGCAGCGCCCAUGAACAUAUCUUUGGUAUGGUCCUCAUGAAUGAUUGGAGUGCAAGAGAUAUCCAGAAGUGGGAGUAUGUUCCCUUGGGUCCUUUCUUGGGAAAGAACUUUGCAACCACCCUGUCUCCAUGGAUCGUCACUAUUGAUGCAUUGGAACCAUUUAUUGUAGCCAACAAUGAACAGGAUCCAGUGCCUCUUCCUUACCUUCGACAUGAUGACCCAUUCAACUUUGACAUCAGCAUAAGUGCUGCUAUCAAGGGUGCUGGAAUGGAACAGCCUGCCGUUGUCUCUCAGUCAAACUUUAAGCAUAUGUAUUGGACCAUGAAGCAGCAGCUAGCCCACCACACAGUGACUGGAUGCAAUGCUCAACCAGGAGAUCUCAUGGGAUCAGGAACACUCAGUGGACCAACACCCGACAGCUACGGAUGUAUGCUAGAGCUCUGCUGGAAGGGAACCAAAGAAGUCGAUCUCGGAAACGGCAACAUAAGGAAGUUCCUCAAAGAUGGCGAUACAGUUAUUCUUUCAGGUUUUUGCCAGGGUGAGGGAUACCGAGUUGGAUUUGGGGAGUGCGUAGGCACCAUCACUCCAGCUAUGUCCCAAUAACAUCAGUCAGCUGAACUUCCAUUGUCAUUCUUAACCUUGUAACCAGCAUCAAAGCAUUGUAAUAACUUCUCUGCAACAAGUCCAUUAGUCUUGAUUCGCCAUACAAAGCCAGAUCCAGGAUUUUGAAAUAGCAGGAGUGCAAAGAGCAAAUUUGACAAUCGAGUGGGCACAUAUGGCAAUAUUCUAAGAUUCCGGUGUAUGUUUGGUGACACAUUUGCUCCCUUGACAUUUGCUUCGGCCUUGAUAUCUCAGAGGGCAUAGGGUUUUUGUUUAGAGUUAGGAUUUUAAUAUAUAUAUAAUGUAAAAGAUAAGGAUGAGGGUUUUAUUUAGUUUUAGAGGUAAGGUUUUAUGUUUGGCUUAGCGUGCUGAAUUUCCAUCUGGGCAAUUGUCGCCAGAGCAAAUGUCAUGGAACUGAUGUUCAAUGGGUGAUUCUCUAUUGCACCCUUACCUGGAUCCGUCAUUACCUUAUGAUGUAUAUGUUUCUUUGUGCAUUGUAUUUUCAUUCAGUCUUAGCAUUUACGGCCCAACGGCUUAUGCACAAGUCAUCCUAUACCUUUGUUGACAUUUCCACAACAUGUAAUCUACAUUUUAAAGGGAAUUGCAGUUGCAAUAAUUGGUCAUGAUUCGCCACAUGUACAUUUCUUUGCACACUGUAUUUUUAUUUUUUAAAUGCUAGCUUUUCUGAUCUAAAGAUGCACUAGUCAAAUAAUUCAUGGGGGCAACAAGCAUUUGCUCAUGCAGGGCCAACACUGGAAUUCUCUUCUAUAGAGUUUGAAAACCCAGCUACAAGCGACCACCUUCAUGGGCAACCUGAGGACAUAGAGUGCUUUUUGAGAGACAUCCAUUUAUGUAUUCAUUGUUUGAAUUAAAACAUCCUGUAAUGUAUUCUUUUUUCCUUUCUCAUUUUUCAUUCAAAAUAAGGUGGAAAGUGUGCCGUAUUAAUUUUAUACAUUAUCAACAAGAAUGCUGCAAUGAAAAUGGGACGAUGUUGUAUAUUAUAUAUUUGGUCGGUGGAGUAUACUCUUGAAUCCUAGUAAGCUUCCAUUUUUCAAAAUGCUUCAACUUAAUAUUUUUUUUCACCCUUCUUUGCCUCAGAAUAGUGUGCUUGGCAGAUAAAUGCAUUAUGCAUGUAUAUAAAUGCUGUGCUUCGUAUUAUUUUUAAAUUAUUAUUUUAUAUUUAAAAAGCACCUAAGUUAUUCUUUUUAUAAGGUUUUAUUUAUCUUCCCCUAGCUUGUAGGUCAUUAGGAAUCCUAUUUGUUUCAAAAGUGUGCAUAAGAUUUUAUUUAUUUACGAAGUAGACAUGGGAACAAAUAUCAAAUUUGCAAAAUAAAUAUUUUUUUUUUGUAUUGAAAAAUUGUAUUUAUUGUACUUUAAUCCCCAAACUUGCAAUAUAAUUGCAAUGUAGUAGCCAAAUAAAGACUAUGGGAUUGAUGCAAGAAAAUAAUUGCAAUCAGUUGGAAACAGGGGUGUGAGAGUUCAGAUAUUUAUCUGAUUUCAGAUUUUUUUUGUUUUGAUUUUUUUUGUUUUGAUUUUCAGCUUAAUUUCAGCUUAUUUUGGGCCUUCCUCUGUACAAAAAGUAUGGGAGCUCUUUCUAUUUCAGACUUUUUCAACACUCUUCAGCUUUUUUCAGAUCUUUUUAUUUGUGACCACUCACACCCCUGGUUGGAAAUUUCUGUUGCAAUUUUCUAAUUGAUAGAUUAAUUUUAGCUAGGCCUAUACAUGUAGUAGUGUAUACUAGCAAAUCAGUUCACACUCUUAGUUGCAAGAGGCAGAUUGGCAAUCAAUUGCAAAUUUGCUAUUUAUUAUAAGACAUGACUUAUAUGGGGACCUCAAAAUAGAUUUUCAAUUGAUUGCAAGUUUCUUGCAACAUCCCACAUGACUGAUAAAUAACAUCGUAAACAUCUGUCAAAAGAGGUUCAGAUUGCCUUGCAAAUAUGAUAUCUCUAAAUGACUUUCUGAGCUGAAAUAUUUUCUGUGAUAUAUCAUCAAAUUAUCUAUCUGUGGGCAGUGAAAUAUUAAAAAGUCCGAUGCCAUUACCAUACCUUGUAAAUAUUUAAUACAGUUUAUAGGGUUAUCUCUUAAAAAAGAAAGAUCCUUGCAGGAAAAGUAUUUUUUUUUAAUAUGAAAUCAUGUGAUGAUUUCUUUGUUCAUCCUUUAUAGCAUAGCUUUUUUUUCUAUCUUUGUUUCUUUGUCGAGACAUGUUCUAGAUAAUCAAGAGUAUAAAUAUAAAGAGAUUGCAAUCAUUGUUGUGAAUGUCAUGAGGAAAUGGCUGAAACUGGGUACCAUAUGUAUUUGAUGUGUGGUUACUUAUUAAAUCAUGAAAUAUAAAAUUA